CGCACGCACACGGCUCAGCCCGCCUCUGUGCUUCCCCGGCUUGACCCGGGGCCGUGCGAGUGCGCUCCUGGGUGGCUGCUCUGGGGGCCCGUGGUGACCUCAGCCCCUGCGGGUUUGGCCUGUGCAAAGAGCUGCAAAUGCUCCGCUUUGCGGUGGAUGGAGCGCGGUCCGCUGGGGUGGAACCCAGGGCCAGCCGUGGUCACUAGCACAGUGACCUAGGGAUCAUUUCCACGUUCUUGAAGAUGGCUUCGCCAUCUGUUGUUACGAGUGUCUUGUUCUGUUAACUUUUCCCGACACCACAAGCCCCUUCCAGUCCUUUGCAGGCUCGGUGGGAUUUUGAACCCACAACACACACAGAUCCCCAAAGGGAUGUAACAUAAAUCAGUGCCUGGACAGAUGUGCUUGGGUGAUGCUAACCGAAAGCCUGUGUCAGAAGUCGGUGUGAGAUCUGCUUACCACCUGCAGAGAGCUUACAGUCUGGCAAGGCAGACAGAGCAUGCACCAAAACCCCGCAUUCUAAGAACAAAGGGAAUUGGCUAUGGAUAAUUCAUAUCAUUUCAAUCAACAAAACUCAUGUAAUGGACUUCCAUCUGAGAAGAAAAACAACUUCCUUGUGUCCGAAGAUCAUGGACAGAAAAUCUUAAGCGUACUGCAGAAUUUUAGAGAACAAAAUGUCUUUUAUGAUUUCGAAAUCAUCAUGAAAGAUGAAAUAAUCCCAUGUCAUCGCUGUGUCUUAGCAGCGUGCAGUGACUUUUUCAGGGCUAUGUUUGAGGUAAACAUGAGAGAGAGAGACGGUGGGAGCGUCACCAUCACUAACCUGUCCUCCAAAGCCGUGAAGGCGUUCCUUGACUACGCCUAUACUGGGAAAACACAGAUAACGGAUGAUAAUGUGGAAAUGUUCUUCCAGUUGUCCUCAUUUCUUCAAGUUUCCUUCCUAGCCAAAGCUUGCAGUGACUUCUUAAUAAAAAGUAUUAACCUUGUCAACUGUUUACAGUUACUAUCUAUAUCAGACAGCUAUGGCUCCCCCCGCUUAUUCGAUCAUGCACUGUACUUUGUACAGAACCACUUUUCCUUACUAUUUAAAUCCAGUGAUUUCUUAGAGAUGAACUUUGGAGUCCUGCAGAAAUGCCUGGAAUCAGAUGAGCUAAAUGUCCCAGAAGAGGAAACUGUACUGAAAGUUGUCCUUAGUUGGACCAAACAUAACUUAGAAUCAAGGCAAAAGCAUCUGCCUUAUUUGAUUAAAAAGGUCCGAUUACAUCAGUUAUCUGAGGAGACCCUUCGGGACUGUCUGCUCAAUGAGGAGUGUUUACUCAAAAGCACAAACUGUUUUGAUGUGAUCGUGGAUGCUGUUAAGUGUGUGCAAGGUUCUGGUGGGCUUUUCCCGGACGCUCGACCAUCCACAACUGAAAAAUACAUAUUUGUUCACAAAACUGAGGAAAAUGGAGGAGACCAAUAUACAUUUUGCUAUAAUAUCAACAGUGAUUCGUGGAAAGUACUGCCACAGUCACACCUGAUUGAUUUGCCAGGGUCUAGUCUGUCUAGUUACGGAGAGAAAAUAUUCCUGACAGGUGGUUGCAAAGGGCCGUGCUGUAGAACAGUUCGGCUGCAUAUUGCAGAAUCCUAUCAUGAUGCAACCGAUCAAACCUGGUGCUACUGUCCAGUUAAAAAUGAUUUCUUCCUGGUAUCACCUAUGAAGACACCAAGAACCAUGCAUACAUCAGUUUUGGCUCUCAAUAGGUUAUUUGUCAUAGGUGGAAAGACCAGAGGCGCACAGGACAUUAGAAGUCUCUUAGAUGUUGAAUCUUACAACCCUCUUUCCAAAGAAUGGAUAUCCGUUAGCCCAUUACCCAGGGGUAUAUACUAUCCCGAAGCAAGUGCAUGCCAGAAUGUAAUUUAUGUUCUUGGAUCAGAGGUAGAGAUUACAGAUGCCUUUAACCCAUCACUAGAUUGCUUUUUUAAAUACAACGCGACCACUGAUCAGUGGUCUGAACUAGUAGCAGAGUUCGGGCAGUUUUUUCACGCAACGUUAAUUAAAGCUGUCCCAGUAAACUGCACGCUGUAUAUAUGUGACCUUUCCACCUAUAAGGUGUAUAGUUUUUGUCCAGAUACUUGUGUCUGGAAGGGUGAGGGCUCCUUUGAGUGUGCAGGCUUUAAUGCAGGCGCAGUUGGAAUUGAAGACAAAAUUUAUAUCUUGGGUGGUGACUACGCACCAGACGAAAUCACAGAUGAAGUGCAAGUCUACCACAGCAGCAGAUCUGAGUGGGAAGAAGUCUCACCAAUGCCAAGAGCCUUAACUGAAUUUUACUGCCAGGUGAUUCAGUUUAAUAAAUACAGAGACCCAUGGUUUUCUAAUCAUUUCUGAGAGGAGUAUGUGCUUAGACAUUCUAAAACUAUUCCAGUUGUAGAAGCCUACUAUAAAUCUGUUAACCUUAAUAGGUGGUAACAAGGUCUUUGCCUCUUAGUAAAAUAAAAUGUACCUUCUGUUAGAGAAUCACUAUGAAUGUACAGCAUAUAUGACUUAGCAUUGGCAGGAACUUAAAAUACAAAAUACAUUUACCAAAAAUUAUAUCGAGUAUAAUUUAAUCUUGGAGAAUCCAGAAUACUUAGUAUUUUCAUAUGUAAAUAAAACUCAUAGGCUUUGAUGUCUUGAUUUUUGGAAUACUUUAUCCAUGAAAGACUAGUAAGAACAAAUCAAUGUUCACAGAUUUGUACUGUUUAGAUGGGAAAAAUCUCUUUAGGUAGUGAAAAUGAAUUAUUUGCACACUAUAUUAGAUGAAGUGAAAAUUAAAUUAGAAAAAGGUAAGAAGCUUGUUCCGUUACUACAAGUGUGAGUGUUGCUGAAUUCCUAUCCUUACUGAUCGUGGAUUAGCUUCUUUUCACCGUUUUUUUUUUUUUUUUUUUUUUUUGGGUCAAGUAAACUUUUCUAAAAUGCAGGGUAUUUCCCCAGCCUUCUAAACUAUACACUAAACACGAGGCACGGGGCUUGACUUUUUUUUAUGAUUCAACUCUUCAUUAAGGGCAUAAUGUACCAUUUUAUAAUGCCAUAAUGCCAUCAGCAAUUACUGAAAUGCUUUUAAAAUUGCUUAUUCUAUUAGUUCUCAGUACUAGUUGGUUUCAAAUUUCUAGCAGUAUCAUAUCUUUCUUAUUUUUUAGCUCAAGUUCAGUAAAUUAACAUUGAUGAUUUAAUUAUUAGUUCUGAGUUACACUUGAUUUGAGUAUUUCUUAAUACGUAACCCACUGAGUGAAGUUCUUGGAUUUGGAGAUGGUAGUCCUAAAAUACUUUAUCUGUAUCCUUGCCAGCUUCCAACAUUAUUGAGGAUGUAGGAUUUCUGACUUCUAGAUAAGGGUAUCAUUAUGUUGCAUUUCUUAAAUUUUUAAAUGUCCAAAUUUGAGUUGCAAUAAGAAAUUUCAGCAUUUAAAUUAGUACUGUAUCUAAUUUUCUUUGAUGAUAUAUACCAUCUGUAAAGCACUGUGUUUACUACUUAUGUAAAUUAGUCAUAGUGAAUUACUUUCUAAAUUUUUUUUAAAUGACUGGGCUUUUGGUGAUCAUAUUCACAACCUGCUAUAUCUGUUUAGAUGCUUAAUCCUCUUUAACCCAAACAAAGAAAGAUAUUAAUCAUCCUUCUUCUCAGCUAGGAUGAUUCUGUGUUGCAAGAGAAUAUGGGUUUUUUUCCCUAAGUUUAAAAGAUAUAACCAUAUUAGGUUUUAAAAGUGAAAAUAUACCUAAAUAAAGGUCCUUUUACUAUACCAGAUAGAUUUAUGCAACUGUAUGCUUCAAAUAUAUAUAUAUUUUUCAAAAUAGAACAGGAUAUUAGACUGCAUUAUCAUGCAAUUCCAAAAUCAGGGACUAUCCCUAAUCAGAUGACAGUUGCAUAAAAAGUAUUCUAUAGAACCGGUGGCCUGCCUUCCUAAAUUGGCUCUGCCCUUUCCUGUGUGUGUGUGUGUGUGUGUGUGUGUGUGUGCAAGAAAAAAAAAUUAAUGAAGGCUUUGUGUAUAUAUUUGUGGCUUUGGAAACAAAUAUUUAAGAAAGACCAUAACACAGUGAGUGACCUAUCUGUGCAUUUACUGAACUGUCAAUUUAAGCAUAUAUAAAUAAUUAAAGUAUGUUUAAAAUAAGUAUUGUUUUAAUUACUGACUCUAGGAAUUGUUAAUCUCUUCCAGAAAGGAGAAACUAAGCUGAAACAGAAUCCCUUCCUAAUCUUGUUUCAUUAUUCUAUUUGAUGUCCACCAGUCUUCUCAUUGGCCAUUGAUUCAUGGUAAUAUUUCUAGAACAAGGCCUAGGUAGCUCCCUCUGCAUUUGAUUUAAUGUAUUUUCUAACACACAAGGCUUUCUGCCUCUUUUCUACAAUUGCUGCAGUUUACUUGUUAAUCAUUUUUUCUCUUACUGCCAUUCUUUUACAUCGGCAACUGAGUGCUCUUUGUAGUUGUAUCGGCAAGAAAAGUACUCUGUCCAGUCAUAAAAACCCAAACUCUUCUACUGCUCUUUAUCCUUGGCUCCCCAGCGGUCUCUGCUGGGCUUGGUUCAAUUAAUAACUGAUCUAAUUCUAUCUAAUUUUGCAUCUUCUUAUAAAGGUAGCACUUCCAUUUUCUGUCUGACAUAUUGAAAAAUGGUUCUCUCUGUUCCAAAUCCUCGAGGAACCCAGCCACAUGCACGCAUGCUCAGAGACUGAACCAGUUACAUCUUUAUGAACUUGCCGAUCCCUGGCUCCAUGUCCAAGAACCAUGUCUGUCAUUCUGGCCUCACCCUCAUUAUGGAUCUCUGACAGGCAAGUCUCUGAUCUCUCAAGUUUAUUCUCAGUAUCUCCAGAAAGAGUUGUAAUCCUGUCUGUAAAGUUAGGUAAGAGAAAAUAACACAUCCCUUUAUCUAUGGCCUCUUCCCGGAGUCUUUUUUCUUCUUCUUUAUAGUCUACUCUCAUUCAUUAUCAUCCUUCAGCCAGUGUUGCAUUCUAAGAGACAAAAUAAUUGUGCUAAUUACCCAGAUUCCUUUCAUUCUUGUGGAAAAAUUCUGUUCAACAUUUCUAAAUCCUUUAUUUGUCUUGCUCCAUUACAUUUGGAUUAUGCAUGCAAAAAAUUCUAAUAUUGUAACAUAUUCUAAAAUUGAAGGUAGGUAUAUGGCAUUAUUAUAUAUGAAAACAAAUUCAACAUUUAUAUGAGAUCAAUUCAAAGUUAAUGAAUACUCCUGGAGUGAUCUGCAAACUUGAUUUAAAAUGUGGAGCACCUUUUAUUCAUCUACUGCCAGUGAGACUGAGCAGUAUGAAGAAUAUUUACAUAAUGAAAAUUAACUGCUUUCCCGUUAAACUCAACUUGGGUUCUGGGUGGAAAAGAAGUCUUUAUCAGAGCAGUAUUCCAUCGUGCUACCCUUGAAAGUUAGAAUGUAAUUUGAGAGUGACCACAUCCUGCAACACGAUUCUGUUUUUCUCCAGACACCAAGAGCAACCGAACAUGUAUAGUGUACUGAGCUCAAGGGGCACAGUUGAGAAAAUCAGACUCAGAGAGAGAAGCAUGUAUAUACAGUCUGAGAUUUGGAAGCAGUAAAUACAAUGUAAUGAUUAGAUGGACUGUUGAAAAUGUAGUGUUACUUUUAGAUCUUCAUUCUCUGUUUCAUUGGAUCCAGUGUUUGAAAAUUCUUUUAUAUGUAGAAUUGAAAAUGACUCAAAAAUGUCUUCUGGGCAGCCCCAGAGGUCAACUCAACACAAAGGCUGGAAUUUAUAGGGAGGCAGAUUUCCACUCAACAUAAAUCACUUUACUCCACUUUCCAAAGCCAUAUUUAGAAUAAGACAAGUCUUCAAAUGUGCCAUGUGGCAGAUGGUCAGUUCCUACACAGCAGUAUACAACCAAAGAUUUCUACAUUCUCUUUACACAUUUCAAUCUGACUAGUUUUCUGACCUACAAACUGAUGACUUCCUCCUCUGAUUAAUUUAGCAUUUUGGCUUCUAAGUAACUUGAUUUCAUUGGCUCUGCAUACUCAAGGUUUCAAUAGGACUUGAGUCUUACCAAGUUUAGGAGCAGUUUAGGAGCAGUCUUAUCAAAGGGAAUUUGUAAUCUGUUCUUCAUUUGUUUUUUUGUUUGUUUUUUUCAUCACUCAGGAAAAAUCUGUAAAUGGUGCUGACAUUUCUAGUGCACUGCAAGUAGUCAUUCUUCCUCCCCUCUACCGCAGGUGCACAUUUGUUUCAUAGAGAAUAGAAACUGAAAGACCAGCACCUAAAAUUUUCUCCUGAAUUAGUUCCUAUUUUGCUGCAAAUGUUACUAUAUAGUUAAAUGUAGUGAUUCUAGUUAAAGAUUAUAUGAUUUAAAAUAAUAUCUUUAUAUCUUAAAAACCUAGAUAUGUUUAUAAAUUGUUUGAUGGCACUAUGAUGCUUAAUCAAAUUUCAUCUAGACAGGGAAUAUAAUCACAGGAUGAUACUAUUACACACUUAUCAAAAGAUAACUCUUCUAAAUCUUAGACUCAUAUUCAAACUUAAAAAUAUCCUUGGAAUCCAAUACAGCUUCUGACAUGCUGGAGAAACCCCCUCUAACUCCACAAUACUCUGACAACAUGAUUCACUCUGACAGUUGAUUUUUUUAAAUUCAAUUUCUAAUUCAGUUCUUUCAGGAAGAAAGAGUUCAAUGCCUUCAUUUUUGAAAAGUUCUAUUACUGCUCACACUGAAAGCACUGCUGCCUCCUGGCAAAACUUCCAGCCCCUGGUCCUCAGGAGCUGUCUCUACAGGUAUUUCAAACAGUAGCAUGUCUCCCCUUUCUCUAAAAUCAAGUUGUCUUAUUCCUUCUCGUUCAGAUGCUUAGCACUUUAAAACCUGCCACAAUGGCUGGGGUUACAUGCCUUUCCUUGUACGGGUGCCUCAAAAUCUAUCCUAAUUCUCUCACCUCUUAAGUUGAGUAUGACCAGCUCUCGAUAAUUCAGGCAUUUUAUUCCCUGAACCACCUCUCUAGUUCUCAUAAAUCCAAGCUGAGCUAUAGCCUUGCUGGAUCUCUCUCCUUUACCUGUCCCCCACCCCCCAUCAGCAUAACUACAAACACACAUUUUCUGGGAGGGGAAUUCUAAAGCUAAAUUUUUAAGUCUUAAGUCAAUCAUUUGUCAUUAGAUAGGAUUUUCAGACUCUUAAAAGCACUCCAAAUAAAGACCUUCAAAAGUAUAUAAAAGAAACCAGAGCAGUCACAUCCUUCGUGGUUAAUGGGAGGACAGUUUGCUCCCAAAUCAAUACAAACUAGCUACUGUAAGUGGUAGUAACAUCUAAGUUUGGAGCUUCACCUAUGCUGUUAGUCUGAUGGGAUAGAGCAUGCUAUUUCCACGAAAUAAUGCCAUUGUUAAAUAAUGCUGUGAGCCAGGAAGCUUUAUUCAUCCCAUUAACUUUGACAACAUUCCCUACACAUAGCUGUCUAACUAUCUGCAACAAAUUAUGCUAUUGGUUCCAAGGGUAACAAGCUUGCUGAAAUAACUCAUAGUUCUCUGAGUAUCACAUGUAGUGUAAAUAUUUCUUUACAUGUCUGUCUUCCUCAUUAAAUUGGAAGCUCUUAGGAAUAAGGACAAUAUAUUCAUCAUUUCUGGACCUAGCAAUUAGCAUAGUGCCUGCACACAGUAAGACAUCCAGUAAACUGAUAUUCUGUUGAGCCACUAUGUGAAACAAAAUAGGUUGGUUACAAUUAUGUUGUUACUGAAUAGAUCCAUUAUAACUGUACAUUUUGCAACCUAUGUUCAUGUACAAAGGAAAUUGUUUUAAUCUAAUUCAGGAUUUUACAUUUUAGAAUGUUAUCACAUUGUACUUAGUUAUUUAUUAAUGUAUGGUUUUUUGGUAAUUGAUAUUUUUGUCAUGUUCAGAGUCUGAAGAAAUUUAUAUAAUUUACACAACUGCAGUUUUUAUUAAUAUAUGGGAAAGUUAAUAAUGAAGCACUUGUUGAGACUGAGAUUGCAUUACACAGUGUACUGCCCAUCUCUGGAAAACAUGAAUAGUUUGCAUAAUAUAUGUACAAUUGGUUCUUGAAAGUAAAAUUAUAGAUUGAAAGUCAUUUAUACACCUAAUUUUUUAGUGCUUAGGGAGUAUUUGUUCUCAAUUAAUUUUAAUUAUAAUAUCUAACUCUAUGUUUCCUUUCAAAGGUAAUCAUAUAUGACACUGACUGAAAAUUUCCUUGUUGGGCAUGCGACCCACUUUCAUUCACCAUUAAAGCAUAAUAGUCUCAGCAAUAUUUUCCACACUUGGGGAGAUAAUGCCCCCAAGCUACUGGACUAUGCAUACACAAAUAAUUUUCUUCAUUUCCCUGCUAAUGGAAUGUGGGCUUUUGCCAAAUGCUGUAAGAAAUAUAAUCAGAAUUUUUGCAGGUCCAUGUGAACCAUAUUAACAUGUAGUGAAACAUUUCAAUCCUAUAAAAUGAUAAUUUAUUAAAAUGUAUCUCAGAAAAGAACACAUUCUGUGUGUAUUUAUUCUUACUGGAAAUAAACGUAGUAGAUAUG